AUGAGUUUUAUAAGUUGGAAUUCCCGUGGGCUUGGGAACCCACUGAGAAUUCAAACCCUUUCUGACUUGGUCAGAAAACAAGCUCCUGAUUUUUUGUUUCUUCAAGAAACAAGACUUCAUUCUAAAGUUAUGGAAAAGUUAAAGUUUAAGCUGGGGUUCUAUGGUUGCUUAGCAGUAAGUUGUGAAGGUAGGAGUGGUGGGAUAGCACUACAUUGGAAGAACAAUUUUAAAGUAGAAGUACAAAGCUAUUCAAGAUUCCAUGUUCAUGCAAAGGUUACUGAGGAGGGGGAGAAUAGUGAGUCUUGGUGGUUGACUGGUGUAUAUGGUAAACCAGAUGUUAGUAGGAUAUAUGAGUCAUGGGAUUUGUUGAGAUCUAUCAAAGUCCCUAGUGAUAAGGGAUGGUUAUUAAUGGGUGAUUUUAAUGAGAUAAUGAGCAAUGAUGAGAAGAGUGGGGGUAGAGUUAGAUCUGAAAGUCAGAUGAAAGCCUUUAAAGAUGUUAUUGAGGAAUGUCACUUACAUGAUCUAGGCUUUGAAGGAAAUCCUUUUACUUGGUGCAACAGGAGAGAGGGGGGACAAACUAUAAGUGGGAGGUUAGACAGGUUGUUUUCAAAUUUUAAGUGGCACUCCCUUUAUCCAAUGGCCACUGUGCUCCAUGGUAUUGUGGCUUAUUCUGAUCAUGUGCCUAUUAUAUUAAAGCUGACUGAAAGAGUUCAAAGGCAGGUGGGGAGAAGAUUGUUUCGAUUUGAGGCUAUGUGGGUUGAAGCUCCUGAUUGUAAACAGAUUGUUCAGAGAGCUUGGAGGGGAGUUAAUGGUAGGAGAGAUUUGGGUACUGUUAUGAAGAAGAUUCAAUGCUGUGGAGAGAAGUUAACUGUGUGGAAUAAAGCUAGUUUUGGGCAUGUGCAGAGAAGUCUAAAAGUAGCACAGGAGAAAUUGCAAUUGGCUUAUCAGAUGGAUCCUCUUUCUCAUGAUAAACAGAAGCUGCAAGAAGCAACAGAUGAGACUAAUGAGGCUAGAGAUGAAGUUAUUAUAGAGUAUUUCUCUAAUCUUUUCAAAGAAUCUGAAGUCUCUGGUAAUAUGGAGUUCUUAUAA